GUUUAACGGUCACUUUGUAUGUUGAAAAGAUAAAAGCACAAGCUUAUUAAUAAUGAGAAUGAGAACCCGUCUGAAAAUUAUGAAUGCAAAUUUAAUGAAUCCCCAUAAAGGCUUCAUUAAGAAAGAAGAGCACAAUAAUGCUUAGAAUAAAUCAGUUCUUAAUUCCUCCUAUCUAACACCUUUGAUGUAUAUGCUGGUUGGAAUGAAAAAGAAGAGAAGCCUUAUAAAAACUAUUAUAGACCAGUUUAGUCUUAAAAAUCUACUUUGGACUCAUCCUUCAGAGUGAGGAGUCAAAUAAGAACUGCCACUCCUAAUCAACGAAGAUCAAAACGAACUCAAUCUCACAUGAAAGAAACUAAAAUUUUAUUAGACAUCUGUCCAAAGUAGUGUUUUAAUUAUCCAUUACCUGCCUUCAAAACUAAAUAAUUCUCAUAAAAAGAAUAAAUUAAAUAUUUUCAAGGAUUUUAUGAAAGAGAUAAUAAAUCAUAUGAUUGGAUGAAUAAUCUGCUUUAAGUUAGAAAAAUUAAAAUGUGAUAUAUAUAUUUAAAUACGC